GAAACAGAAGUUGCACAAGGAGGCGAUGUGCCCGUCUGUGGGUUCUGCAUGUUGAAGACUCCAGCCACCUGGCUCUGCCAGCUCCACCCACAGGGCUGCUCUAUAUGUAUGGGCCCAGUGGAGCUCACCCGUUAUCCCUGAUUUCCAGGACAACCAGCCUCGUGUUCUCACAGGAGCCACAGCACAGACUGGGAAACAUGGGUGUGAAGCUGCUUGAGUCCCGACUUUGUCUCCUGCUGCUGCUGGGACUUGUCAUGGUGGUUGCCUCAUUCCAGAUCCCUGCCCAUUUAACCCCGUCCCAGUGGUUUGAAAUCCAGCAUGUAAUUAUGACCAGCCCCCGAUGCACUGCUGCAAUGAGGAGUGUCAACCGGCAUACAGGACGGUGCAAGGACAAGAAUACUUUUCUUCAUACAAGCUUUGCUGCUGUCGUUGGUGUGUGUGGCAGUAUGAAUGUUCCCUGCAGGAACAGGACACAUUCAAAUUGUCAUAAUAGUUCAGCUCCGGUGUCUUUGACUUACUGUAACCUCACAACUCCAGGAAGCCAUUAUACACAAUGCCAAUACCAAACGACACAGGCAAGGAAGUUCUACAGAGUUGCUUGUAACAUUAGUACCCCACAAGACAACGGCUCCUAUCCGAUUGUUCCGGUUCACUUGGAUGGGAUAUUUUAGCCCCAGUACCAGUACUUUGUGUCUUCGCUCUCUAACUGCUAGUUCCAUGGUUGUAGUAGUGAAGAUCCAGUUCCUCUGUCUGCGCUGCCACGAGCACCUGUCCUUGUGAAGCCUGUCCCUGACUCCCUUCAAAUGUAGCUGAACAGAUAUCUUUUCUACUCAAUAAACACCUUUGCAUAUUCA